AUGUUUCGUUUUCUUCGUAUUCUCCUUCUCCUGGCCGGAGUUUUUCGUGCUGAUGCAAGAGUCUUCUCCGGAACUGUUGGCGGUCUGAGUGCUCAACAAGUACUCGAGCAUCAUCUGGAAAUCUUCCAAACUGCGGUGAAAAACGAGAACAAGGCUCAAGUCAAGUCGAUGAUACCAUUAGACCAACAAACCGAUGAGCUUGUCGACAGACUCAUUGCCGCCCAUAAAUCUAUCAUCAUGGAAGUACAAGAUGCCGCCUACCCCAAACCAGGUUUCGUCACCGGGAUGGUAUUCUACUCCCACGCAGAUGGAGGAAAUAAGAUGUUGGUCAACAUGGUCAUUGAAAAGGACACCGUCAGCCCAUCUGGAUACCGCUUCGUCUCAGUCAUCCAACAUCCGGACUACAGUCACAAAAGGAACUUCCCAACUUGCCUCGUCGGAUUCAUCUGGUGUUACCUGUACCUCAUCGACUAUUUACCGGGAAGCGUUGAGGAAGUGUUUGGAGGCUAA